CGCAAGACCGCGUCGUCAACUUUGAUAGACUAAGAAACGGACACAUCACACCAGGGGGACCGUCGGGACAAACAUGGAAGGGGCCGCGGUGACGUUCGACGAGAACUACCGCGUGAGAGUUCUCGCGCAGGACAAGUACGAUAAAACCCUCGCGUUGGCGGACAGCGCCACGGAGUUCUGCGAGAAGGUGGCGCAGCUCAACGGCAUCGUCAAGGAGGUGGUCGAGUCCGUAGAUCGGCAGGCUGCGAGGACGGAGAGGGAGAAGCUCCGGGCGGUGGGAAAGCGGAACCAGGUGGCGGCGGACGCGGAACAGAGGCGGCGGAAGAAGGCGGAGCUCGCGUCGUUGAGGCUGGAGAAGCAGGCGGAGCUGGACAGGCUGCAGGCUGAGUACGACUCCCUGCUCCGGGUGAGGCAGGAACAGGAGCUUCUCAUCGCGAAGCUCUCGGACAGCAGCUCUUAG